AUGUCUGGAGAAGGAAAAAAACCAGUUUUAGUGAAAUUCAUCAACACUCAAUAUGUCCAAAUUGAUGCCAUGAACUUCAAAUCUGUGGUUCAGAGUCUCACGGGCAAAGAUGCCACCAUCAGGGUGGCCGGAGCUGAUGGCUCAUUUGUAGGACGAAAUGUAAAUAGGCAAGAGAGCAUUGAAGAUGGGGUUGGAACAGCUGGUGGCUCAAGGUCGCCAAGAGAUCUUGCAAUGGAGUUGGACAGAUUGCUGAAGGGGCUGCCGCCAAUGGAUGACUUGCAUCUCAUGUGGGCUGAAUGA